AUCCACCUCAACAGCUGAUUUUCAAAAACACAGGAAUGGAGCGAGGACUGAUCUUGUUGGCCGUGACCCUGAUGGUCUUCCUGGCGCCCGGCGUCCACGGCACAUCUCAUUUGACCUUUGACAACACCACAGAGGUGAACGUCACUCGUGCCGGCUGUGGAACGAAGAAGCUGUGUGUGGAGACACCAGACGACUGCGACCCCGCCAAGAACAACUCCUGUCUGUUUGGCUCUCUGCAAAUCAUGAACACGAUGGCUCCCAACGGCUCCGACCUGGCCGUCGGGCUCCAAGGAAACUCCUCUGGAUACGUCGCCCUGGGACUCGCUAAGGACCCUUCUCAGGGUUACACCAUGGUUUUCGUCUGUGGUCAAAACAACUCCAUGUUCUUCUUCCGCACCGGUCAGACAAACAACAGCGCCAACAGCACCGCCUUUAUGGCCAACGAGAGGAGAGUGAAGGAUAUCCGAGGCUUAGUGAACGGCUCUGUGAUCCGGUGUGAGUUCACGGUUCCCUCUCUGAACGCCUCCAGCACCAAGAGCGUCGACCACACCUUCUACGUCUUCCUCGCGAUUGGAGACAGCGCUACUAUUGGAAACAUCAACUUCAUCCUGAAAGCGGGUCGUCUGAACUUGGCCGACCCGGCCAGCAACAUCCCCACCACAACGGCACCCACCACCACGCAGGGCAUGUCUGGAGGAGCCGCCUUCCAGCCUCAUGCUGUGCUCCUCCUGCUGGGUAUCCUCAUCUGCACCGCCAUGCAGAGAGUCUGAGAGACACCAGGGGCGCUGUGACGAGGAUACAGUGAAGUCAGUUGCAUCGGAAUCAGUGCUGACCGACUCAGUAUCAGAAAUUAAUAAGUGUCAAAUAUCUAAUUUUUAUUGUAGGUUAUUGAGACAUGCUGAACAAUGUCUUUUGUAUUACACUAUAGGCUAGUGUCAUGAACAGCAUCAAAACUGUAGCUAAUUCAGAGAAGCUCAGAGUAAACCUGGGGUCAGAUGUCAUUUACAGAGACUUUUAAUGAUUUUAGUUUUAGUUUUUAGUUUUAGAUUCAGACAGAAAAGUAUUGGUCAGUUUGGUCCUCUUCUGUCACUGGAUGCCAAAUCUCCAACUUUCAGACGGUGUUUUCUGUCAGAUCUGGUUCAGACUGGUUCUGAGAUGGAUUCUUAUGAAAAAUCUUGACAGGCAAUAGACCUUAACUUUCAAAACCACCGAGGUGAUGUGACACUUAAACUGCUUUUGGGAAACCCUUCCCCACUGCCAGAGUAUUUAUAGGCAAUAAAUACUAUGAAGUCAUCACAAGAUGAGUGAUUGGCAACUACAUUAUGCAGUUGAUGUGAAAGCAAAAUCUGUGUUGUGAGGGUUAAGUCCUCAGCCAGUGAAAACUUAGUAAAUGCUACUGUUCAAUAAAGUUGAAAAAUAAAGCUGAAAAAGAAAA